CUGGGGCGGGACGGCGUGCGGAGGAAAGACUGGCACGACUACGAGGCAAUCAGGAGAGACGCUGCUCGCUCUGGUAGGAUAGAACUUCAGGAAGUCCCUCCCCCAUAUUCCCUUUUAGUUUGAGGUUUGAAGCCCAAGACUAAUAUACUACGAUAACAAAUGAUUCCUCACAAUACAUUUCUAUGCGUGUAGGAACAUGAGUUUUUCGAAGUGUGAUUGUAGCACAAAGCCAUUAAAACUGAUGUGCUCGACAGACUGCAAGACAUAUCCAAGUUCCUUAUGGUUCAUUCAGCAGGUACUGUACUUCAGACUGACGAUAUUUUACCUGACGUUAAGUCCAGAUACUUUCACGGUCUGUCAGAGAGAAAAGCAGAUGGAUGGCGCAAGGCAUUUUGUCCCAAGUCUUCCUCAGACAGCAUUGUUACACUCAUGUCUGUUCUGUUCUCUCUCUGUGUGUGUGUGUGUGUGUGUGUGUGUGUGUGUGUAGGUAACGGCGAGCAAGGGAAGCCCUUUCCGCUGACCGACGCUGACCGGGUGGACCAGGCCUACAGGGAGAAUGGGUUCAACAUCUACGUCAGCGAUAGGAUCUCCCUCAAUCGCUCUGUCGCAGACAUCCGGCACCCAAAGUGAGUGUGUGUCUGUUUCUCUUUUAAAUUACACCACUUGUCAACAAACACAUUCCUCCCAAAGGAUAAGUAUAUUUGUUUCACAUGCUCCUGAUGAUGCAUAAGUAAAAUACCUGUGAGCAUUAGGUGGAAGGUGUUUUUCUCCUAAUAGCAUUGUCAUUUGUAUUUCAUUCCUAUUUGAAGAUGUAGCUACUUUCCUUAUAAGCCAAUGGGACAAUGCUUUAGCUUUAAUCAUGCAUUUAGCUUUCUUUCAAAUCACUGUUGUGUCGGUGCCAUGGAUCCUCUGCUUAUACUAAAUAGUGGGAAAACUGGUCUAUCUCUGACACAUGAGCACAGUUUUUUCCCAGAGGACAUACUUGUCUGACUAUGCACCUCUUCCCUACUUACUCUCUCUCCUCUCCAAACUCUGUCAUUUUUCUCUUCAUGUCCUUUACAAAGAAAGGAGCUGUCAAUUGGGACCUUGAGUUGCCUUUACCUUCACAACGCAGCAGGAGUCCAACCUUCCAUUCCUCUUUGCGUUGUUCACAGUGACAAUCUUUUCAGUUUAGACCCUUCGAAUUAUUUUGCAUCUACAGUAUCUCACAAAAGUGAGUACACCCCUCACAUUUUUGUAAAUAUUUGAGUAUAACUUUUUAUGUGACAACACUGAAGAAAUGACACUUUGCUACAAUGUAAAGUAGUGAGUGUACAGCUUGUAUAACAGUGUAAAUUUGCUGUCCCCUCAAAAUAACUCAACACACAGCCAUUACUGUCUAAACCGCUGGCAACAAAAGUGAGUACACCCCUAAGUGAAAAUGUCCAAAUUGGGCCCAAUUAGCCAUUUUCCCUCCCCGGUGUCAUGUGACUCGUUAGUGUUACAAGGUCUCAGGUGUGAAUGGGGAGCAGGUGUGUUAAAUUUGGUGUCAUCGCUCUCACACUCCCUCAUACUGGUCACUGGAAGUUCAACAUGGCACCUCAUGGCAAAGAACUCUCUGAGGAUCUGAAAAAAAGAAUUGUUGCUCUAAAUAGAUGGCCUGGGCUAUAAGAAGAUUGCCAAGACCCUGAAACUGAGCUGCAGCACGGUGGCCAAGACCAUACAGCGGUUUAACAGGACAGGUUCCACUCAGAACAGGCCUCGCCAUGGUCGACCAAAGAAGUUGAGUGCACGUGCUCAGCGUCAUAUCCAGAGGUUGUCUUUGGGAAAUAGACGUAUGAGUGCUACCAGCAUUGCUGCAGAGGUUGAAGGGGUGGGGGUCAGCCUGUCAGUGCUCAGACCAUACACCGCACACUGCAUCAAAUUGGUCUGCAUGGCUGUCGUCCCAGAAGGAAGCCUCUUCUAAAGAUGAUGCACAAGAAAGCCCGCAAACAGUUUGCUGAAGACAAGCAGACUAAGGACAUGGAUUACUGGAACCAUGUCCUGUGGUCUGAUGAGACCAAGAUACACUUAUUUGGUUCAGAUGGUGUCAAGCGUGUGUGGCGGCAACCAGGUGAGGAGUACAAAGACAAGUGUGUCUUGCCUACAGUCAAGCAUGGUGGUGGGAGUGUCAUGGUCUGGGGCUGCAUGAGUGCUGCCGGCACUGGGGAGCUACAGUUCAUUGAGGGAGCCAUGAAUGCCAACAUGUACUGUGACAUACUGAAGCAGAGCAUGAUCCCCUCCCUUCGGAGACUGGGCCGCAAGGCAGUAUUCCAACAUGAUAACGACCCCAAACACACCUCCAAGACGACCACUGCCUUGCUAAAGAAGCUGAGGGUAAAGGUGAUGGACUGGCCAAGCAUGUGUCCAGACCUAAACCCUAUUGAGCAUCUGUGGGGCAUCCUCAAACGGAAGGUGGAGGAGUGCAACGUCUCUAACAUCCACCAGCUCCGUGAUGUCGUCAUGGAGGAGUGGAAGAGGACUCCAGUGGCAACCUGUGAAGCUCUGGUGAACUCCAUGCCCAAGAGGGUUAAGGCAGUGCUGGAAAAUGAUGGUGGCCACAAAAUAUUGACACUUUGGGCCCAAUUUGGACAUUUUCACUUAGGGGUGUACUCACUUUUGUUGCCAGCGGUUUAGACAUUAAUGGCUGUGUGUUGGGUUAUUUUGAGGGGACAGCAAAUUUACACUGUUAUACAAGCUGUACACUCACUAAUUAACAUUGUAGCAAAGUGUCAUUUCUUCAGUGUUGUCACAUGAAAAGAUAUACUCAAAUAUUUACAAAAAUGUGAGGGGUGUACUCACUUUCGUGAGAUACUGUAUAUCUGAGUGUGUUCUACGAGUGUUCUAUGUCUAUGAGGACAGUUACAAAACCCUAACCAAUACUCUGACCUUCUAUUCCCCAGCUAUGCUUUCAGUGGGGAAUCAAUUGUGACCGACCGGCUCGAUUCGGUCUUGUGGCAAAAUUUGAAAUUGUGUUUUUUUACAUGGGAUAAAACUAGUGACUUGGAGCUAGAAAAUUGUAUAUCAUACACUACAGUUGAAGAACAAUGGGAAAGUAAUUCCGCUUUGAAAAUUGAUCAACUUGUAACCCCACUUCUGAUAUAAUGGGCCUUGAAUGUUUUUGUACAUGUACUGGAGAGCUGCUCUUUGUCUACACCCAUUCAGCUUGUUCACUCCCGCUUAAGCCCCACCCAUCUUUUUAAGGAUUCACAUGCAUGACAUCAGAAGCCUGGUGGUCCAAAAUAGCAUAACUGGUGUAUUUUAACACCAAUAAACCCAACCUGCAAUGAAAAUGACUUUCUGACAGAAUUAGAAACGUAUAAUAUCUGAAAAUGUUGCUAGCUAGACUCUUACCUGUAUACAUGGAUGAACGCUUCUCCCUCUGUCACGGAUGCCAUGGUUGCCCUUAGUUUGAAGAUGUCAUCCGUAGACAGGUGUUUUAUACAACAGCCUUCUGUAUGUUCUCUUUUCGACUCCCUCCGCAUAUUUGCAAUCACCUCCCAGAAUUUUCUCCAUCUUCUUAGCUAUCAUACUCUGCUUCUACUGAUUUCAAAACUCUCCAGAAAGUGGAGAGCAACACUUUUGUAGUUAUUUGUGAUAGCUUUAAAAAAAACUGUGUUAAAGGAUUACCAACACAUACUGAGCAGCCCUUUGUUAUAGACAGAAGCUUGCUUACAUGGCAGACCAAUCGGAACUCCUCUCUCGGCAUGACCAGCCCAACCAUUAUCUCAGCCAAUCAUGGCUAGAGGGAAGGUUCCUGUCUUUUUCCGUGGCUAAACCAACUAGGCUCGUAAUUUAACAAUUUAUUCGUAUUUACAGAUGGCAUACAAGUUUGUUAUUAAGACACAUGAAAGUUCACAUGUUCCAGAAGGCAAAAACACAUUUUGAUAAAAAUGUUCACGUUCAAAUCCCUCUCCUGUGAAGAAGUGAGGCGCGACAUUUGCCUAGUUUCCUGAAAUGAGUCACAAUUUCCUUCCACUUAUCUUGUUGCUGUGUAUCAUUACAACAUGUUAUAAAAUAUGAACCACCACCACAUCUUUUGGCCCCUUUCUGUAUACACCUGAAUCAGCUGACGUCGAUGUGAGCAGUUAAAGAUGCAGUCUGGGGAUCUUAAGCACAACAAAUUCCUAACAUUGUUUGAGUUGGAUUCGUAACAUAUCAUACAAAUUGGAUGACAUAGUACACAAAAACGGGGACCGGUUUUGGCUCAUAAGCACCACUUAAAAAAGUACUUCUUGAAAUUAUACAAAAGUUCCGGACUUCACUUUAAAUGUAGGCAUAUUUUUAAUUUUUUUUUAUUUAACCAGGGAAGCUAGUUGAGAACAAGUUCUCAUUUACAACUGCGACCUGGCCAAGAUAAAGCAAAGCAGUGUGAUUAAAAACAAUAAACAAAACGUACAGUCAAUAACACAAUAGAAAAUCUAUAUACAGUGUGUCUGGAAAAUCUAUAUAAUGUGAGUCUGGAAGGAGAGUUUACGGUCUAACCAGACACCUAGGUAUUUGUAGUUGUCCACAUAUUCUAAAUCAGACCCGCCGAGAGUAGUGAUUCUAGUCGGGCGGGUGCAAGCAGCGUUCGAUUGAAGAUGCAUGAAUUUGGUUUUACUAGCGCUUAGUAGCAGUUGGAGGCCACGGAAGGAGUGUUGUAUGGCAUUGAAGCUCGUUUGGAGGUUUGUUAACAGUGUCCAAUGAAGGGCCAGAUGUAUACAAAAUGGUGUCGUCUGCGUAGAGGUGGAUCUGAGAGUCACCAGCAGCAAGAGCGACAUCAUUGAUAUACACAGAGAAUAGAGUCGGCCCGAGAAUUGAACCCUGUGGCACCCCCAUAGACUGCCAGAGGUCCAGACAACAGGCCCUCCGAUUUGAAUCAUUGAACUCUAUCUGAGAAGUAGUAGGUGAACCAGGCGAGGCAGUCAUUUGAGAAACCAAGUCUAUUUAGUCUGUCAUUAAGAAUGCGGUGAUUGACAGAGUCAAAAGCCUUGGCCAGGUCGAUGAAGACGGCUACACAGUACUGUCUUUUAUCGAUCGCGUUAUUAUAUAGUUUAGGACCUUGAGCGUGGCUGAGGUGCACCCAUGACCAGCUUGGAAACCAGAUUGCAUAGCGGAGAAGGUACGGUGGGAUUCGAAAUGGUCGGUGAUCUGUUUGUUAACUUGGCUUUCAAAUACUUUCGAAAGGCAGGGCAGGAUAGAUAUAUGUCUGUAACAGUUUGGAUCUAGAGCAUCACCCCCUUUGAAGAGGAGGAUGACCGCGGCAGCUUUCCAAUCUCUGGGGAUCUCAGACGAUACGAAAGAGAGGUUGAACAGGCUAGUAAUAGGGGUUGCGACAAUUUCGGCUGCUAAUUUUAGAAAUAAAGGGUCCAGAUUGUCUAGCCCAGCUGAUUUGUAGGGGUCCAGAUUGUGCAGCUCUUUCAGGACAUCAGCUAUCUGAAUUUGGGUGAAGUUAAAGCGGGGGGGGCAUGGGCAAGUUGCAGCGGAGGGUGCAGAGCUGGUGGCCAGGGUAGGGGUAGCCAGGUGGAAAGCAUGGCCAGCCGUAGCAAAAUGCUUAUUAAAAUUCUCGAUUAUCGUAGAUUUAUCGGUGGUGACAGUGUUUCCUAGCCUCAGUGCAGUGGGUAGCUGGGAGGAGAUGCUCUAAUUCUCCAUGGACUUUAGUGUCCCAAAACUUUUUGGAGUUAGUGCUACAGGAUGCAAAUUUCUGUUUGAAAAAGCUAGCCUUUGCUUUCCUAACUGAUUGUAUAUUGGUUCCUGACUUCCCUGAAAAGUUGCAUAUCGCGGUCCUUGGUCCUGUAACUGUAUAUACAGUGCAUUUGGGAAAGUAUUCGGACCACUUGACUUUUUCCACAUUUUGUUACGUUACAGCCUUAUUCUAAAAUGGAUUACAUUGUUUUUUCCCCUCAUCAAUCUACACACAAUACCCCAUAAUGACAAAGCAAAAACAGGUUUUUAGUUUGCACAUUUAUGAAAAAUAAAUAAAAAUGAAAUCAUAUUUUACCCUUUACUCAGUACUUUGUUGAAGCACCUUUGGCAGCAAUUACAGCCUUGAGUCUUAUUGGGUAUGACGCUACAAGCUUGGCACACCUGUAUUUGCGGAUUUUCUCCCAUUCUUCUAUGCAGAUCCUCUCAAGCUCUGUCAGGUUGGAUGGGGAGCGUCGCUGCACAGCUAUUUUCAGGUCUCCAGAGAUGUUCGAUCGGGUUCAAGUCUGGCCUCUGGCUGGGCCACUCAAGGACAUUCAGAGACUUGUCCCGAAGCCACUCCUGCGUUGUCUUGGCUGUGUGCUUAGGGUUGUUGUCCUGUGGAAGGUGAACCUUCACCCCAGUCUGAGGUCCUGAGCGCUCACCGUAGGGAUGGCGCCAGGUUUCCUCCAGACGAGACGCUUGGCAUUCAGGCCAAAGAGUUCAUUCUUGGUUUCAUCAGACCAGAGAAUCUUGUUUCUCAUGGUCUGAGAGUCCUGUAGGUGCCUUUUGGCAAAUUCCAAGCGGGGGGUCAUGUGCCUUUUACUGAGGAGUUGCUUCCGUCUGGCCACUCUACCAUAAAGGCCUGAUUGGUGGAGUGCUGCAGAGAUGGUUGUCCUUCUGGAAGGUUCUCCCAUCUCCACAGAGGAACUCUGUAGCUCUGUCAGAGUAACUGUUGGGUUCUUGGUCACCAUCAUGACAAAGACCCUUCUCUCCCGAUUGCUCAGUUUGGCCGGGCGGCCAGCUCUAGGGAGAGUCUUGGUGGUUCCAAACCUCUUCCAUUUAAGAAUGAUGGAGGCCACUGUGUUCUUGGGGACCUUCAAUGCUGCAGACAUUUUUUGGUACCCUUCCCCAGAUCUGUGCCUCGACACAAUCCUGUCUCGGAGCUCUACGGUCAUUCCUUUGACCUCAUGGCUUGGUUUUUGCUCUGACAUGCACUGUCAACUGUGGGACCUUAUAUAGACAGGUGUGUGCCUUUCCAAAUCAUGUCCAAUCAAUCAAAUUUACCACAGGUAGACUCCAAUCAAGUGGGAGAAACAUCUCAAGGAUGAUUAAUGGAAACAGGAUGCACCUGAGCUCAAUUUCGAGUCUCAUAGCAAAGUGUCUGAAUACUUUGCAAAAAUGUCAUUAUGGGGUAUUGUGUGUAGAUUGAUGAGAAUAAAAAAUAAUUUAUCAAUUUUUGAAUGAGGCUGCAACGUAACAAAAUGUGGGAAAAGUCCAGGGGUCUGAAUAAGUUCCAAAAUGCACUGUAUAAUGAAUUGGCACUGCCAGUAGAGAAUAGCAUGUUCCCUAAGCUGUUCCAGGGUGUUGUAUGAAGACGUCUGGGUCUUAGUAUUCAGGUUCUUCUGAUUUCCUCUGGAUACAUUUCCCCUAUCUUCUGUUCAGUUAGUAGAGCCUCUGAGGAACAGGCUGCUGCCUGCUCAGUGCUCUAACAGUCUCUAGCAGUCUCCCUUGGAGCAGCCAAUUUAUGUUCCAACAGCCAUGGAAAGCACAGGUUGGCUGCAUGGGUCCCUUUUUUUUCACCUUUAUUUAACCAGGUAAGACAGUUGAGAACAAGUUCUCAUUUACAACUGCGACCUGGCCAAGAUAAAGCAAAGCAGUGCGAUAAAAACAACAACACAGAGUUACAUAUGGGGUAAAACAAAACAAAGUCAAAAAUACAGAAAAAUAUAUAUACAGUGUGUGCAAAUGUAGCAAGUUAUGGAGGUAAGGUAAUAAAUAGGCUAUAGUGCAAAAUAAUUACAAUUAGUAUUAACACUGGAAUGAUAGAUGUGCAAGAGAUGAUGUGCAAAUAGAGAUACUGGGGUGCAAAUGAGCAAAAUAAAUAACAAUAUGGGGAUGAGGUAGUUGGGUGGGCUAAUUUCAGAUGGGCUGUGUACAGGUGCAGUGAUCGGUAAGGUGCUCUGACAACUGAUGCUUAAAGUUAGUGAGGGAGAUAAGAGUCUCCAGCUUCAGAGAUUUUUGCAAUUCGUUCCAGUCAUUGGCAGCAGAGAACUGGAAGGAAUGGCGGCCAAAGGAGGUGUUGGCUUUGGGGAUGACCAGUGAGUUAUACCUGCUGGAGCGCAUACUACGGGUGGGUGUUGCUAUGGAGACCAAUGAGCUAAGAUAAGGCGGGGAUUUGCCUAGCAGUGAUUUAUAGAUGGCCUGGAGCCAGUGGGUUUGGCGACGAAUAUGUAGUGAGGACCAGCCAACAAGAGCGUACAGGUCACAGUGGUGGGUAGUAUAUGGGGCUUUGGUGACAAAACAGAUGGCACUGUGAUAGACUACAUCCAAUUUGCUGAGUAGAGUGUUGGAGGCUAUUUUGUAAAUUACAUCGCCAAAGUCAAGGAUCGGUAGGAUAGUCAGUUUUAUGAGGGCAUGUUUGGCAGCAUGAGUGAAGGAGGCUUUGUUGCGAAAUAGGAAGCCGAUUCUAGAUUUAACUUUGGAUUGAAGAUUCUUAAUGUGAGUCUGGAAGGAGAGUUUACAGUCUAACCAGACACCUAGGUAUUUGUAGUUGUCCACAUACUCUAGGUCAGACCCGUCGAGAGUAGUGAUUCUAGUCGGGUGGGCGGGUGCCAGCAGCGUUCGAUUGAAGAGCAUGCAUUUCGUUUUACUAGUGUUUAAGAGCAGUUGGAGGCUACUGAAGGAGUGUUGUAUGACAUUGAAGCUCGUUUGGAGGCUUGUUAACACAGUGUCCAAUGAAGGGCCAGAUGUAUACAAAAUGGUGUCGUCUGCGUAGAGGUGGAUCUGAGAGCCACCAGCAGCAAGAGCGACAUCAUUGAUAUACACAGAGAAAAGAGUCGGCCCAAGAAUUGAACCCUGUGGCACCCCCAUAGAGACUGCCAUAGGUCCCUUAACUCCCUCUGAUCUGCCUAAUUUGUUUAAUAACAUGUAAAGAAGCAUCAGCUUGCUGCUGGCCCGCCGUCACUGUCACUCUUCCGGACUCUGUGGCUGGCGUCUCCCUUUUCCUUUCUUUUUCUUCUCUUUUCUACUCCCUCGCUUAAUCCUUUGUAGCACAGCUAAGGUGCCUGCGUAGUCUGGUUAGGGAGUAAUUAGUUCUCUCUCGCUCUUUCGCUCUCUCUCAGCUCUGUCUGUCCAAGUGAAAAAGUGAGGGAUGAUGAAGAGGAGGCUGUUGCAGAAGCUUGGCCUUCCAACGGCUGAAGUGACACCCGGCUGUCACAGGCCCUGUCAUUCUGUGUCAGUUAGACCAAUCAGCCGGCCACAUCUGCUCUUCUAUACCCAAUCGGUAUCUGCCCUGGAGGCCCGCAGCCGCCUGGUGAUUGGCAUGUUGUCACCGCCAGAGGCGUGGAGCGGAUAUCUGAUCUUGACACUUUCGAUUUGUUGAUGUUUGCGCUGCGACAGAAUUCCAAUGAAGGAAGCCACAUAAUUCCACAGGGUGUAAUACAAUGCCAGGAAAUGUGGGUGGGUUGGAAAUUGGUUUGAGCAACACAGUCUGUCUCAGUUGUCUCCUAUGUUUUACGACAAAUUAGAUUUGGGCUAGUGCUCUGCUCUAGCACUCAUGAACCAGGGAGUGGCGGUGCUCAUUCUGCCCCAUCAAAGCUCUUUCAUUAUCUGCUAUGAUUACUUCAAUAUACAGUAGGAAUCAUAUGAUAUAAUAUCGUAAUACGCUUACUGUGUAUCAUGGCGUCUGGUGACAAUUAUGGGUCAUGAAUACUAGGCCUACAUCAUAAUACUAAAGUAUGUCGGUCAUAAAGCAUCUGAGUAGGAAUGCUGAUCUAGGAUCAGUUCCCAUCUGUCCAUAUGUUGUUCAUUAUGAUCUUAAAUCAGAUCAAAAUAAACUUUAUUUCAAAGUGCUUAGCAAAUAGAAUAAUACAAUUUGAGAAAGAUAAAAACACUUUCUAUACCAUAUACAAUUUAAAUAGACAAGAAUAAAAUUAAGACUCCAAUUAAAAUGGUAAAACAAUAGUAAAAUAAAAAAUGGACGAGGAGGCUAUUGCAUAAAAAUACAAAAUAUAAAUAAGAUAUACUAUAUAUACUGAACAAAAAUAUGAACACAACAUGUAAAGUGAAAUAAAAGAUCCCAGUAAUUUUCCAUACGCACAAAAAGAUUAUCUCAAAUUUUGCGCACAAAUUUGUUUACAUCCCUGUUAAUGAGCAUUUCUCCUUUGCCAAAAUAAUCAAUCCACCUGACAGGUGUGGCAUAUCAAGAAGCUGAUUAAACUGCAUGAUCAUUGCACAGGUGCACAUUGUGCUGGGGGGCAAUAAAAGGCCAAUCUAAAAUGUGCAGUUUUGUCACACAACACAAUGCCACAAAUGUCUCAAGUUUGAGGGAGCGUGCAAUUGGCAUGCUGACUGCAGGAAUGUCCACCAGAGCUGUUGCCAGAUAAUUGAAUGUUAAUUUCUGUACCAUAAGCCGCCUCAAUGUCGUUUUAGAGAAUUUGGCAGUACGUCCAACCGGCCUCACACCCGCAGACCACGCGUAACCACCCCAGCCCAGGACCUCCACAUCCGGCUUCUUCACCUGCGGGAUCGUCUAAGACCAGCCACCCGGACAGCUGAUUAAAACUGGGUUUGCACAACCGAAGAAUAUCUGAACAAACUGUCAGAAACCGUCUCAGGGAAGCUGAUCAGCGUGCUUGUUGUCCUCACCAGGGUCUUGACUGCAGUUCGGCGUCGUAACCGACUUCAGUGGGCAAAUGCUGAUUUUCGAUGGCCACUGGCAUAGUGGGCUCUUCACAGAUGAAUCCUGGUUUCAACUGUACCGGGCAGAUGGCAGACAGCGUGUAUGGCGUCAUGUGGGCAAGCGUUUUUGCUGAUGUCAUCGUUGUGAACAGUGUGUCCCAUGGUGGCAGUGGGGUUAUGGUAUGGCAGGCAGGCAUAAGCUACGAACAAUGAACACAAUUGCAGUCUAUCGAUGGCAAUUUGAAUGCACAGAGAUACCGUGAUGAGAUCCUGAGGUCCAUUGUCAUGCCGUUCAUCCGCAGCCAUCACCUCAUGUUUCGGCAUAAUGCACAGCCCCAUGUCGCAAGGAUCUGUACACAAUUCCUGGAAGCUGAAAAUGUCCCAGUUCUUCCAUGGCCUGCAUACUCACCAGACGUAUCACCCAUUGAGCAUGUUUGGGAUGUUCAGGAUCGACGUGUACGGCAGCGUGUUCCAGUUCCCUCCAAUUACCAGCAACUUCGCACAGUCAUUGAAGAGGAGUGGGACAACCUUCCACAGGCCACAGUCAAUAGCCUGAUCAACUCUAAGCGAAGGAGAUGUGUUGCGCUGCAUGAGGCAAAUGGUGGUCACACCAGAUACUGACUGGUUUUCUGAUCCACACCUAGGGCUGUUAUGGUGACCAUAUUACCGCCACACCGGCGGUCACGAGUCAUGAUGGCAGUCGAAUUCCACGUCACCAUUUUAGUCACGGUAAUUAGGCUUUUCCCAGCUCUGAUGCUGCUGAUAGUCAUUAGUAGCCUACAAAACGUGCUAACUGCCUGGUACUCAGCACUCUAUUGUCCCUCUAAUCACUCUGACAUCAAUGCCGUGAGUGUGCAAAACUGUCAUCAAGGCAAAGGGUGGCUAUUUUGAAGAAUUUCAAAUAUAAAAUAUAUUUUGAUUUAUUAAACACUUUUUUGGUUACUACAUGACGUGUUAUUUCAUAGUUUUGAUGUCUUCACUAUUCUACAAUGUAGAAAAUAGUAAAAAAUAAAUAAGAACCCUUGAAUGAGUAGGUGUGUCCAAACUUUUGACAGGUACUGUAUAUUAUUUAGUAUAUGUAAAGACAAGAUUAAAUCAAUAGUCUGAUGGGUGACAAUAUUAGCCUAUCACUUGUGAAUGAUGCCCAGCUUGUGUGCAGUAAGACAAACACAUGCCUUUUUUCUUGUGACUUUUUCAAAUCAUAGUCGCGCACCUCAUGUAGCCUAGCGCAUAGGCCUAUAUGUUUUGAUCGCAACUAAAGUGGCCAAAUAACUUAUUCAAAUUUAAGCACAUUAUUCAGCUUUACAACAGGUUUAGAGCCUAACUGGCAUACAUACGCAGCAUGUGAGUUUCAAGUUUGGGGAAGAUAAUUUUCACCAUAAUAAAAGCAUAGCAUGCGUAAUCGCAUUUGCAGUCACUUUUGAGAAUGGUGUUUUCCCACUAAUGUAACAUUCGCGCUUAUAGCCUACUGUGCGCAUUGCUGCGCUUAUAAUUUUAAAGAAAUAACCUAAUUGUCACGCCCUGACUCAGGGGACGCUUAAAUGUUGAGUCAGGGUGUGUAUAUUCUUUGUUGUGCGUUUUCUAUGUUGUAUAUUCUAGUAUAUGUGGAUCUAUGUUGGCCGGUGUGGUUCCCAAUCAGAGGCAGCUGUCGCUCGUUGUCGCUGAUUGUGCCAAUAGGCUGCUUAAGUAUGGUCCCCAGUCUAGUUGUGGGAUCUUGUUCCGUGUAAGGUAUGUUGUGUGUGCUACCUUGGACUUCACGUUUCGUUUCUUGUUUUGUCGUGGUGUUUAUUCAGUGAAAAUAAACAUGUAUGCAUAUCACGCUGCGCCUUGGUCUGUCCCGUCAUUCAACGAACGUGACAGAAGAUCCCACCAAACGAGGACCAAGCAGCGUGCCCAGGCGGAGCGAAGGGCCAUGUCACAGGUGGGCAAGUUGUGGUCAUGGGAAGAGAUAUUUGUGGGGAAAGGACCAUGGGCUAAGGUAGAUGCCCAGGCAGGAGAGGAGCAACGGCAACACGGAGGAGGCCGGUCGAGGAGGAAGCCCAAGAGACAGCCCCAAGAAAAAAUUUUGGGGGGGCACACGGGGUGGUUGGCGGAGCCUAGGGUUAGAGCAGAGCCAACUCCCCGCACUCACGCGAGAAGGCGUAUGACUGGGCAAGCUCCGUGUUAUGCGGAGCUACGUACUGUGUCGCCAGUGCGCCGGCACAGUCCUGUACGUCCUGUGCUUGCACCACGCACGUGCCGUGCGAAGAUGGGCAUCCAGCCAGGACGGGGUGUGGCCGGCUCAACGCUCCUGGUCUCCAGUACGCCUCCUCGGUCCCGCAUAUCCUGCACCAGUUCUACGAGCUGUAUCGCCAGUGCGCGUGCACAGCCCAGUGCGUCCUGUGCCAGCGCCCCGCACGUGUAGUGCGAAAGUGGGCAGCCAGCCAGGACGGGUUGUGCCAGCUCUCCGCUCCAGACCUCCAGUCCGCCUUCGCAGUCCGGUCCGGCCCGUUCCUGCUCAUCGCACCAAGCCAGUGGUGCGCGUCGCCAGCCCGGCCCGGCCCGUUCCUGCUCCUCGCACCAAGCCAGUGGUGCGCGUCGCCAGUCCGGCUCGGCCUGUUCCUGCUUCUCGCACCAAGCCAGUGGUGCGCGUCGCCAGCCCGGCCCGGCCCGUUCCUGUCCCUCGCACCAAGCCAGUGGUGCACGUCGCCAGUCCGGCUCGGCCUGUUCCUGCUCCUCGCACCAAGCCAGUGGUGCGCGUCGCCAGCCCGGCCCGUUCCUGUCCCUCGCACCAAGCCAGUGGUGCGUUUGUCCUGUCUGGCACGGCCCGUGCCCGUUCCACCGGGGCCUGGUCCGGCACCGGUCAGCUGCUCCACUCCGGAGCCAGAGCAGUCCGCUCCACCGGUGCCUGAUCCAGUGCCGGUCAGCUGUUCCACUCCGGAGCCAGAGCAGUCCGCUCCACCGGUGCCUGAUCCAGCUCCGGUCAGCUGCUCCACUCCGGAGCCAGAGCAGUCCGCUCCACCGGGGUCAGUCCAGCUCCGGUCAGCGGCUCCAGUCCAGACCAUAACGUCAGCCCCUCUCCAGGUUCGGGGUCUCCCACACCAGGGUCCAGACAGGGCCUGGCGUAUCGUGGGAGGAAGGAGAGGGGAAGUAGCGCGCCGAGGUCCAGACCAGACCAGGGGCGCAACAGGGAGGCGGAGAGUGAGAGGUCGUCACGCCCCGAGCCGGAUCCGCCUCUGAGCCGGAUCCUCCUCUGAGCCGGAUCCUCCUCCGAGGCGGAAUGCCCACCCGUCCCCUACCCUGUUAUGUUUAUGUUGUGCGGUCGGAGUCCGCACCUUUGGGGGGGGGGGGGGGGGAUACUGUCACGCCCUGACUCAGGGGACGCUUAAAUGUUGAGUCAGGGUGUGUAUAUUCUUUGUUGUGCGUUUUCUAUGUUGUAUAUUCUAGUAUGUGUGGAUCUAUGUUGGCCGGUGUGGUUCCCAAUCAGAGGCAGCUGUCGCUCAUUGUCUCUGAUUGGGGACCAUACUUAAGCAGCCUAUUGGCACUGUAGUUGUGGGAUCUUGUUCCGUGUAAGGUAUGUUGUGUGUGCUACCUUGGACUUCACGUUUCGUUUCUUGUUUUGUCGUGGUGUUUAUUCAGUGAAAAUAAACAUGUAUGCAUAUCACGCUGCGCCUUGGUCUGUCCCGUCAUUCAACGAAUGUGACACUAAUAGUUUAUCAACAUUUUAAGCUAAACGUUCUGAUCUGUUGUGUCAACCUCAUUGCUUAAAAACGUUUUUUUGAUGCUAGUGGUAUUCAUUUGGAAUCUAUCCCAUCCCACAACUGUCCCAGACUAUGUUUGGAAUAUUUUUUUCUCGCACUGAAUAGAAUAGGUCAACAUUUUUUGUACUAUGGGGAUAGAUUGAAUUAUAAUUAUUAUAUUCAGCCCAAGGGCACAACAGCCACUGGCCGCAAAAGGCAUGGAUAUUUUUAGGGGGCAUUAUGGCCACACACAGGGGAUGCCGCCAGGAAAUUCGAGGCAUUAGCAAGUGCUUGUCAAAUUGUGAAUGCGAGACUGAUGAAGUGUGUACAGCCUGCGCAAAAAGCGAAGCAAAGCUUAUGCCUUUUCAAGCGACUUUUUCCAAAUCAUCAUUAGUCGCAUCAUGCAGCCUUAGAAUGUAUUAAAAAUCAAAACAUAUAGCCCAUCAUUUGUAUCACAACUAAAAUUACAUAAAUAACUCUAAGUUAAGCAUAUAGUACCUGUUUUCUUUAACUGCUCAACACAGAAAUGCGCACUCUCUCAAAUCGUUUGGAGAAAAUAAUAUCGAUUCUAUUUCAUUCAGCUAUGUUCAAUUGUAUUCUUCAUACUAUAAAAUAAUACCAUGGAAUUCUAAGCAAAUCUUGUCUGCUAAAUUAACUAGUGUAGACCACAGCCAUAUGGCAUAGCCAGAUCAGGGCCUAACAUAAGGACAACUCAGAGUAUGCUGUUCUGUUCUUCUGAAAUAGACUACAUUUUCUUCAUAUCAUGUUUCUUUAGACCUGUCUAAAAUAAAUAAUGUUUUUUUUUGUGAUGGUGUUGGCUAUAUUACAUGGAUUUAUUAGACAUUUUAAAAUGUAGAUGUUCCAAAGGUCUGCAUCAGUGGCUUGUAGGCUAUGCGUGGAAGACAGGAGAUGCUAAAUGUGUUUAUUUUAAUUAAUGGUAAAUUACCGUGAGACCGGCAGUUAUUUGUUUGACAAUCACCGGCUGACAAAAUUUCAUGACCGCCACAGCCCUAUCCACGGCCCUACCUUAAAAAAAAGUUAUGUGACCAACAGAUGCAUAUCUAUGUUCCCUGUCAUGUGAAAUACAUAGAUUAGGGCGUAAUGAAUUUAUUAAAAUCUUUGAAGUUGUUGCGUCUUAUAUUUUAGUUCACUGUAGAAUGGAACAAAAUAAAUAAAAUUGAUAGUAUUACUAAAAUCACCCUUAGUAAAACCAUGGCUAAAAUUGUGUUUUUAAGCUUUUUCUUAAAAAUGUCUACAGUUUCUGAGGCCCUCAGAUCCUCUAGCACGCCUGAAAGCAGCCUCACCAAACGUAAAAACUGAAAUGUAUCUACAGCCGAAAAUAACUUUUGGAUAUUAGAUUGGUGGUCACUCACCAGAAAUUAAAGCAGAAAUUCAACUUUCUUGACCUGGAUCCUUUGUUUGAACUUCCCAAAGCAGCGCUAUUCAUCUGCACUAAAACGCAGACGCCGGAGAAGAGGAAGAAGCGGGGCCAUAGUCCGACUCAGGCAGUGUGUAUACCAUUCACCGCUUCCAAAUAUUACUCGCCCGUUUUCAGUCCCUGGACAAUAAAGUAAAUGAGUUUAGGGCGAGGAUCUCCUUCCAGAGAGACAUCAGGGACUGUAACAUUAUCUGUUUUACGCUGUCAUGGCUCUUUCCGGAUAUAUUAUCCCUGUACAUUUAGCCAGAUGGGUUCUCCAUCCAUUGCGUGCACAGGAAGAAAGAACUCCCUUGGAAAAAUAAAGGCGGAAGGGUUUGUUUCAUGAUUAACAACUCAUGGUGUGAUUGUGUUAACGUGCAGGAACUCAAGUCCUUUUGUUCUCCCAAUCUGGAAUACCUCACCAUCAAAUGCCGACCAACUUAACUAUUGAGAGAAUUUUCUUCUGUCAUCAUCACUGCUGUGUAUAUUCCACCCCCUAAGCCGACACCGUAACAGCUCUCAAGGAACUACACUGGACUAUGGGCAAACUGGAAACCGCAUAUCUUGAGACCGCAUUUAUUGUAGCUGGCGACUUCAAUAAAGGAAAUCUGAGGAACACUACCGAAAUUCUAUAAACACAUCUCUUGUGCUACACGCACAUCAUGGGCCCUGGAUCAUUGCUACUCUCACUUCUGGGAUGGAUACAAGGCCCUCCCCCGCCCUCCAUUUGGCAAAUCAGAUCACGCCUCCAUUCUGCUCCUCCCCACCCAUAGGCAGAAACUUCAACAGGAAGCACCCGUGGUAAGGACUGUUCAACGUUGGUCUGACCAAUCGGAAUCUAUGCUUCAACAUUGUUUUGCGGACUGGGAAAUGUUCUGGGUCGCCUCUGAGAAUAGAAUCGACAUACACAGACUCAUUGACUGGGUUCGUCAGGAAGUGCAUAGAAGAUGUUCCCACUGUGACGAUUAGAACUUAUCCAAACAAAGCCGUGGAUAGAUGGCAGCAUUCGCGCAAAACUGAAAGCUAGGAACAUGGACGUGUACAAACAGACCAGCUAUGACCUCCGUAAGUGUUACGCCCCUGAAAAAGGGGAGAAAUAAUCACGAGAUUGAUGCAGUUGUUUCCUCACUGAAAACUUUAGUAUAAUGCUUUUACAAAAAUACCACAUUUUACAGAACAACAGAUCUACAGGAACCAGAGUUUUGUAGGGUACAAAGCUUAUUCAAGUCACAACAGCAUAAACUGUAAUUCACUAAAACAUAUACAAAUGUUUCAAUAUAACUGUCAAACACAAAGUAGCUUUAGCUCAGUAACCCAUAACUACAUUUAUCAACCAUGUCAACAAAGUAUUCGAAACACAUUAUACAAAUAACCCCAAAUAUAUUAUUAACAGCGCACAUGUUCAUUCACAAUUAGCAUAAAAUGGCAGCUACUCUCAGUACGAAGCUAAUCUUCGCUGCAACCAAGCAGAUUUCACUCACACACGCACCUAAUAACUCUCUUCAACUUAACUCUAACUUACUCAAGAUGUUACUAACACAUACCUUAAACUCUCUUGACAUGUUAGCAAGUUAUUACAUUCAGAUUAACUCGUUUUAUAUCAAUAACGUACCUGAAAAAGGGGAGAAAUAAUCACGAGAGUGAUGCAGUUGUUUCCUCACUGAAAACUUUAGUAUAAUGAGGAAAAAAGACUGCGAUUUCCCCAGAAAGUUGGGUGGAGACCAGAGCAAUCGAUCUCAGGCUCAUAGAUUAAGAGCAUUUAGUAGAUCACAGAUUAACACUUUUACCCUUAAAUUAGGCACCACAAAGUAAAGUAGUCAAUAUAACGUUUACACAUUCCUCUUACAAUAUUUACCCUUUUACACUUGACGGAUUUUAACACAUUUAUGAAUUUUAUCAAUCUCUAUGAACUAGUACUGGAUGCAUGAUCUUUUUAACCUUAGAUAUUUUAAGAUCCUUACAUACCAUGAACUUACUAAUACUUUUUAGUGUAUAACAGGCUAUGAAUAUGUCCUUUAACCUGUCACAUAAGGCUAUCACCUGGACGAGAAAUACCUAUGUCAGAAUGCUGUUCAUUGACUACAGAUCAGCCUUCAACACCAUAGUGCCCUUCAAGCUCGUCACUGAUGCUCGGGGCCCUGGGUGUGAACCCCUCCCUGUGCAACCGGGUUCGGGACUUCCUGACGGGCCGAACCCCAAGUUGUGAAGGUAGGCAACAACACGUGCUCAGCCUCCUCCUGUCCUCCCUGUUCACGCACGUCUCCAAGUCAAUCAUCAAGUUUGCUGACGACACAACAGUGGUAGGCCUGAUUACCAACAAUGAUGAGACGGCCUACAGGGAAGAGGUGAGAGCCCUGGCGGAGUGGUGCCAGGAAAGUAACCUCUCCCUCAACGUCAACAAAACGAAGGAGCUGAUUGUGGACUUCAGGAGACAGCCGAGAGAGCACGUCCCCAUCUACAGCAACGGGCCGCAAUGGAGUGGGUCAAAAGCUUCAAGUUCCUUGGCGUGCACAUCAUUGAACACCUGAAAUGGUCCCUUCACACAGACGAUGUGGUGAAGAAAGCCUAACAGCGCCUGGUAUGGCAAUUGCACCGUCAGCCCAAUGCAUCACCGGCGACAUACUGCCUGCCCUCCAGGACGUCUACAGCACCCAGUGUCACAGGAAGGCCAAGAAGAUCAUCAAGGACCUCAGCCACCCUAGCCAUGGCCUGUUCACCCCGCUACCAUCUAGAAGAUGGAGACAGUACAGGUGCAUCAAAGCUGGGACCAAAAGACUGAUAAACAGCCUCUAUCUCCAGGCCAUCAGACUGUUAAACUGUCAACACUAGCCUGCCUUCGCCCAGUACCCUGCCCUGAACCUUAGUCACUGUUACUAGCCGGCUACCACCCGGUACUCUACCCUGCACCUUAAAUUAUGCUGCCCUAUGUACAUAGUCAUUGAACACUGGUCACUUUAAUAAUGUUGCAUACAGGUUUUACACACUUUAUAUGUAUAUACUGUAUUCUAGUCAUGGCUCAUCCUAUAUAACUACUUCUGUACAUAUUUUCUAUUCACAUACUGUCUAUACACACCAGUAUUUAUUUAUUUAUUUAAUAACAUUGCUCGUUCUGAUGUUUUUUUAUUUCUUUACAUUUAGGGGGAUUAUGUGUGUGUUGAUUUGUAUUGCUGGAUAUUACUGCACUUUUGGAGCUAGAAACACAAGCAUUUCGCUGCAUCUGCGAUUAACAUCUGCAAAUCUGUGUAAGCAACCAAUAAACUUUGAUUUGAUCCUAGAUCAGCAAUCAUACUCUGAGGAACUAUGAACACCAGCUCUGCUUUGUAGUCUCUCUAUUCACUUUUUGGCAGUUGCUGUUGUUGCCUUAUUUAUUUAGUUGCCUGUUUGUGUGUUUAGCUGUAAACAGAAGCUGUAUGCAGAGAAGUUGCCCAACACCAGCAUCAUCAUACCGUUCCACAACGAGGGCUGGUCGUCCCUGCUCAGGACUGUACACAGCGUGCUCAACCGCUCCCCCCCUGAGCUCAUUGCUGAGGUCAUACUGGUGGACGACUUCAGCGACAAA